ACCCUACACGAGAACCACUCUGCGCACUCGGUCGUCGCAAAGCACCACGCCGCCGACAUGGCGGAGAAGGGUCGCGCCGCGAGCCCGUACGACGGCGAGGGCACAGAGGCGUCGCCCAAGAUUGUCAAGUGGCUCGAUGGCGAGGUCGAGAACCCGCAGAACUGGGCGCCGACCAAGAAGUGGCUCAUCACCGCCAACUCGGCCAUCUCGACACUCUGCAUCGCGUUCGGCUCGUCCGUCUACUCGGGCGGCCUCGGCCAGCUCCUCGCCUACUUCCAGGUCAAGCUCGUCGUCAUCACCUUGGGCCUCUCCCUCUUCGUCCUUGGAUUCGCCCUCGGCCCGCUUCUCUGGGCCCCGUUCAGCGAGCAAUGGGGACGCAAGCCCGUGUUCGUCGUCACCUACCUGCUUUUCGCCAUUUUCAACAUCCCGUGCGCGCUCGCCAAGAACAUCGAGACGCUCCUCGUCUGCCGGUUCCUCGCCGGGUUCUGGGGCUCGGCGCCCCUCGUCAUCUCGGGCGGCGUCGUCAGCGACAUGUUCUCGCCGGCCGACCGCGCGUUGGCCAUGUCGCUCUUUGCCCUCGCGCCGUUCGCCGGCCCCGUGCUCGGACCCAUCGUCGGCGGCUUCAUCGGCGAGAACGUCAGCUGGCGCUGGGAGUUCUGGGUCUUGACCAUCUUUUCGUUCGUCAUGUGGGGCCUUGGCCUCCUCAGCCCCGAGACCUACGCGCCGGUCCUCCUCCGCAAGCGCGCCGCCGACCUCACCAAGGAGACGGGCCUCGUCCACCGCUCGAUGUACGACCUGCACCCGAUGUUCUCGGCGCCGUUGGCGACCAAGAUGAAGGCCGCCCUCCUCCGCCCGUUCGUCCUUCUCUUCAAGGAGGCCAUCGUCCUCGCCUUCUCGGUCUACGCCGCGUUCAUCUACGGCAUUCUGUACCUCUUCUUCGGCGCGUACAGCAUCGUCUACCAGCAGGAGCGUGGCUGGAGCCCCGGCAUCGGCGGCCUGCCGUUCAUCGCCGUCGGCGUGGGCAUGGUCCUCGCCGUGGCGGCCAACGUGUUCGACAACAAGCGCUACGUGCGCAACCUGAUCGCCAACGGCGGCACCCUCCCUCCCGAGGCGCGCCUUCCCCUGUGCUGCGUCGGCGGCGCCGUCCUCCCGGUCGGCCUCUUCUGGUUCGCGUGGACGACCCUCCCGAGCGUUCACUGGAUCGCCUCGGUCCUCGCCGGCGUCCCGUUCGGCUUCGGCAUGGUCUCGGUCUUCCUCGCCAUGAUGAGCUACCUCAUCGACUCGUACACCCUCCUCGCGGCGUCGGUCCUCGCCGCCAACGCGGUCCUGCGCUCCCUUUUCGGCUUUGCCUUCCCUCUCUUCACGAGGGACAUGUUUGACGGCAUGGGCACGCAGUGGGCGCUCACGCUCAUCGCCUUCAUCAGCCUCGCGCUCGCGCCCAUCCCCUUCGUCUUCUUCUACUACGGCGCCCACAUCCGCCGCAACUCGACGUUCGCGCCGGGUCACAAGCCGGCUGCGCCCGCCGCCACCGCCGCCGCCGAGUCGACCGGCGGCCUGUCGCGCGAGUUGACAAGGCAGGAGGUCGAGGCGGCCGAGGUCGCGUCGCUCGACCUGCGCCAGGUCGAGUCUCGCGUCGAGCAGCGCGAGAAGCUCGCUCGCGAGGGCCUCCUCGACGAGGCCAAGGCGGCCGAGGUCGACCGCCGCGGCGAGUGAGCGUUCCACGAGCUUGCGAAGGUCGUUCGGCCCUCCCUCUCUCUCCUCUCUUCAUCCCCCUUCCGCAUCUCGCAUCCUUAUAGAACAUACCCUUUAGCUACUACUCGAGCUGUCUAGACACCCUGCAUUACGCACCCGCACCAUCAGUUCUU